AGUGUCACGCUAAACAUAUAUAUAUAUAUAUAUCCUUAAAGCGUCGUUACAAGCAAUCCACAAGGGAUCCGUGCCCGUCUAGAAUGGCGUGUUCGGCAGGUCGAUCGCGCGCCGAUGAGAUCACGCACCCCGUAGGUCUCACCCGCUCCGUUCGCCACCAGGCCCCGAGUCAGCGCUCCGUGCUGCCACCAGCUCCCACCUCGAGCCAGCUCAGUGCUAUUCUACGUGAAGCAGCACAACUGCUGCCUCUGUCUUCUAUGGCCGACCUCGACUCAGGAAAGAGGCGCAGUGGAGGAGUCGCCGGUGGGUUGGACGUGUCCUCGGCAUCAUUGCCAACGGAUUAUGCAUCUUUUGUUCGCCGCCAGUGCCCAACAAGCCGUCGCGUGCAGAGCAGCUUCGCCGCCGCGAAGGCGCACUCGAUGCUGGGCGAACUGCUGCAUUUCUUUGCUGUCUCCCUCACGUGCCUCUUCACCGAGGGCGUCGAGUCGGCGGCGGUACUAUCGUUUCCGGCGGAGUGGGAGCACCGUCUGAACGCGCCAAACGCUGCGGCGCUGCGGGAGAAGUACCUAUACGAGUUGCAGGGGUUUAGUACGCUCUUCACGUACGUGUGGGGCAACGUUGCCGCCGCGGGACGUGCGGCGCCGCUGCCGCUGAGAGAGGAAGAGGAGGACGACGACGAGCGGGAGGGGAAGAAGAGAAAAUCAAGUGCGAGUGCGCGUACGGCGGCUCCGCAGCGAUCGCGAUCGCCAUCGUCGGCUCCAUCGCUGGCGUCGUCGUGCGUCGCGCACGAAUUGAGUGAAGGGAGAACAGCGAAGGUACAGCGGACAGCUCCCGUCGCUGCCGCUGCUGCUGCCGCCGCUGCACCGGUGGGGACCAAUACACGUACACAUCCUCUUCCUCAGUUAGUGAAACAAACCACAAACGGGAAGACACUCCACAGCGCGCUCUCCUCGGCACCGUCCGCAGCGGAUGCGAAGCCGUCUCGAACCUCGAAUACGCAGACGACGCAAUCGUCAGCGGUUACAUCCAAGUCGGCUCCGGGCCACGGCUCGACUGGCCGUCGUCGCAGCCUGCCGGUGUUCAACGCCGAUACGACGUCCAGCGAGCCACCUGCGCUCUCGCGAGGGUCGGCCGUUGCGGCAACAGGGCGCGGGCACUUCUUACCGUCGCUGCCCUUCGACGGGUUGGUGCCGUCUCGCCAGCUGCCCGGGCUGGAAGUGAGGAACGCAAGGGCCGGCGCGCAGCAAGGAAGAGGGAAAGCCCUACCAGAGGACGCGUCGGCGCCCAGCUCGUCUCCUCCACAACAGUCCGAGGCAUCACACUUUUCUGCCUCGGCGAAGCAGCUGGCCAUCCAGCUAGCGAAAGAGCAAGAUCGAGAACGUGAGCUGAAGCGCGAGCUUGGUGUGCGAAACGUGCGCAACUUCGCGAAGGAGGAGGACAUGCAUGGGUACCUGCAAGCGUUUCAGCAAAACAUGCACAGCGUGUUGGACGGAGAGGAGGAUACAGUCGAGGACGGUGCGGGCUCCGGCAGCCGCUAA